AUGGAUGAAAUUCAAAAACAAAAACCAAACGUAUACGGACGGGAUGAACUGGCGACGGUAACGGCAAGUGCAAGGACUCUGACCAUGGACACGGACACAGCGAUGGACGUGUAUACGAGCACGGAGGGCAACAACAAUCUUUUUGUUGCUCCCCGCCCCCAGAGGGCGAGAAGGGGAGGAUCCACCUCCCGUGGGAGUAGGUGUUCCUCGGUAUCGGGGAGGGGAACUCCUGCCUGCGAAAGCGGGGAUGACUCUGAUGAGUCUAUCGCAUCCGCAUCCGUCGUCUCGCUCGACAGGCCCACAACCAGGAGGGGAAGACCGCCUACCACCGGCGAAUACGUCGGCCUGGCUAAGGCCAAGGAGCGGCUGGUGGAGGCGAAGCGCAAGGAGUUGGAGCUGCGCGCUGAGGAGCGAUCUCUGGACCGCUCCCUUCCGCCCCGCCCUCCAAGCAAGAGCAGCAUCCCUCUGCCAGAGCAGGAGGAGCUGGAGAGGGAGCUCCGCUACGAGCCGAUGGCCGCGCUGGCGGCGCACUCCCUAGAACUCACGGACGACGUGGAGAGGGUCGCCUCCAUCUCGAAGGGCCUGAAGGGCACGUGCCAAAGGUCCCUUCGAGUAGCCGUCCGGCGCAUCAGGGCCAUCAACGUCGAGAUGGCCAAGAGGGGAGCGCUGGACAGCGCAGCGGACGAGGUGGCUGACCUGAGGCGUCAGCUACGCCUCCGCGACGAGCAGCUGGCGAAGCAGGUUGAGCAGAUGCUCAACCUUAGCAGAGAGCUCGCGGAGGUGAAAGCUCGCUUGGGAGCCGUCGAGGCCCCAAUCUUUAUGGCCCCAGCUCAUGCGGAGAGGCCCAUCAGAUCGGCCUCCCCGUUCUUGGAACGAGUGGGGGCAAACAAGAGGAGCCGGCCUGACGAGGGGGCGACCCUGUCAGAACCAGUGGCAGGGCCCUGGUGGAUGGAGAUGGAACCACCCGCCCCAAUCAAGAGCGUGCCCAAGAUUAGACGGGUGGAGAAGGUAGACCCUGAGGGAGGGGACAUAAGGGUGUGCAUAGCCGCCCUGAUGCAACAGGUCUCCUCUCUCAGGGAGGAAUUCAUGGGGGCUCUCUCGGCCAAAGGUAGGGAGAACCCGCCCCCAAAGAAGGAGGAGAGGGCUGGAGGGGAUAAGACCGCCCCGAAGCCCAAGCCUAAGGGUGAGCGGCAGGUGAAGGCCACACCCCAGGCGGGAACAAAGGAGUCGCCUCUGGAGGCGAGGAUGCGGGGCAUCCAGGAAGAGACCCGCCUCGCCGCCCAGGGGGAAACAUGGGCAAUGGUGGUGGGCCGCAAGGCGAAGAGGUCCGAAAAACAGGAGGGGCCACCACCAACAACCGGCGGACCAGCGGCGAAGAAGGGGCAACAGGGAACUAAGGCGCCCCCCAAGAAAGCGCCUGCCCCCGCCGCGAAAAAGGCGAAGGCUGCCAGGCCGCCGAAGACAGCGGCCGUCACCCUGACCUUGGCACCAGAUGCCAAGGUCACGUAUGCAGAGGUGAUGGCCACCGCCCGCGAAAAGGUCGAUCUGAAGACCAUCGGUAUAACCGAGAUUCGACCACGGCGGGCGGUAACAGGCGGCCUGGUCCUGGAGAUUCCAGGAGAGGGGCGGACGGAUAAGGCGACCGCGUUGGAGGGUUGCCUCCAGGGGGUGUUUCGGGGCACCGAGGUCCGGGUAUCUCGCCCAGUCAAAAUGGGCGAGGUACGAGUAUCCGGUUUGGAUGACUCGGUGUCCCCUGCGGAUGUUACAGCCGCCCUUGCGGCUGUUGGAGGCUGUACCCCAGCAGAAGUGAAGGUCGGGGAAAUUAGGAUCUCCCCGGCCAGGCUGGGUACAGUCUGGGCGAGGUGCCCCCUGACGGCGCUCGGCAAGAUCGUCGCCUCUGGGAGGAUCCUGGUUGGCUGGUCGUCAGCCAGGGUCGAGGCGCUGCCGGCAAGGCCUUUGCAGUGCUUCCGCUGCCUCGAGAAAGGCCACGUGAGGCAGCGAUGCACCUGCGAGGUGGACAGGUCCGACCGCUGCUACGUUUGCGGCGAGUCGGGCCAUAAGGCCAGCUCGUGCAGCGCCACACCGCGGUGCCCCCUAUGCACAGAUCUGGGGCGACCCGCGGGGCACCGGUUGGGGGCAAAGUCGUGUGCCCCCAAAUCCCAGAGGCAGAAGAAGAAGGGCGCCAAGCAGGGGGAAGUAGCACCCCCCCAACAGGCGCAGCAGCAGCCAGCUGAGGCUGCUGCGCCAAAGAAGAGGAGGGGUGGCAGAUCUGCCACCCCAAGGAGAGGUAAAGCCGCGGAGGCGGCAGCCUCUAAAAAGUAA